AUGGCAGAUUUCAACCAACGGCGGGCAAAACUGUACAAUUCGCGACUUAUACGUGCAGAAGUUGCCGAUCCGGCAUUCACAGCAGCACAGGACCCUGUCACCGGGGUCAGUGCGAAACUAGACGUGGAAAAAUUUGUCCAGUCUAGAGAGUUCGAAAUCAAAGAAUUUGAGCUUUCCAAGCUCAGAUCGCGUUACUCAAGCGCAACGAGGGUGUUCCAGAGCUUGCCGAGAUCCCUGCGCAGAAGAACAGCGAGUCACAAUGUACGGAGAGUGCCAAAACGCUUGAGGACCCGCGCAUUGCGGGAGAUGGGUCUCUUGAUGAAGGAGCCGGACGGGAACGAAACCAAGGGUGUGGACAAACAGGGCAGGCCGUCGAAGGCCAAACACUCGCGCGGAAGGGAGCUAUACCGGCUGCGGCGACAGGAAAAGCUUCUGCGCUACGCAGCACGACUCAAACUCUCCGGACACCUUGUGGACGGAGAGCGUGUUAAUGUGCGCAACGUCAAGAUGAGAACCAAGUUGAAAGAGCUGCGCAAAAGGAUACAGGAGCUCUCGCAACGGGUGGAGCCGCCUCUGAACAAUGUAUGUGGGUCUGUGGACUGGACGGGAAUCAAUGAGCGCGCAACUAUUGACAAAGUGUCCACCAUCAGGUACAUCACUCGCCAACGAGAGUUCAAAUGGCUUCCGACCCACGUGUGGCAUGCGAAAAGAGCGCACAUGGUAAAACGUUGGGGCUGGAACAUUGCCUACGAACCUACCAUGAAGUGUUUCCGCCAGACCAGCCGUCAAAGCAGGACCAAGGGCUGCAUUGGCUUCGACACUUCUUUUUACACUACAAUUGUUUUGAAAGGAGACGGAUUGGGCGAGAUCGUCGGGACUUUGACCGAUGGAAAAGCUUUAGGAAAAAAGUACGCUCAAAACGGCAGGAUAUGGGAGGGAUUCAUCCAAGUGGACGACGAGCUUCUGUGCCAUUCCAUGGUCUGGUGGAUUAAAAAUGGAAAAGAGUGCGUGUUAAGAAUCCACCCGUCAGUUUAUGAUCGUGUAAUGGACUACCUUCUUUCCAAAAAAGACAGUAUUGAAGUUCAGGACUGCAGAUACUCUAUCGGGUCAGUCACAGUGACCGGACCGCAGGCCUUGUGCUCGCUGGCCUCCAUUAUCCAUCCCUCCAGCCAAACGGUAGCCAGCCAGCUAUUUGGUCAGCUUUCCACGCUGAACAGCUCAGCCAUUCCUCUAGGAUCCGCAUUCAGCUUUUUUGCCGAUGACCCUCGUCUGUGGCCACGGCCAACCAAGCCCCACGCCAAACCCUCAGACGCGCUGGAAUCCAUCAUCCAGGUGCAGAGCGGAGCUGGUGUAGAGGUGUCUACGAUGGAGGCCCUUUUCUCUGUGGAGGGUAGAGUUGCGUCUUACGCCGGCCAGCCGUCCCUAAAACAGCUGGGACGGCGAAGAACGCCGGACCUGGUAGGGCGGCCAACUCCCAAAGCCGAUUCCGACCCGAGCGUCCCGAUUGCGCUUGUGAAAAUGCAAUGCGGAUUUGUUUUGCUGGCGCCGUGGCACUGGGUGCUACCGUUCUGGCACCAGCUGGCGCACACGCCGCAUUUUGCGAUUGGCGGACUAAAGCAGCUUGCACAGCUUCGGUUCGAAAAAGGAGAGCUCAGUUUUGCCGAUUGCGCGUUCACGAGGGCAGGUUUUGUCGAAGGCCUGGCCAAAGCGGAGGAGCUGGAGGCACGCUGGGCCAAGCGGCCCAAAAGCAAACGAGUCAACUACGACAAGCUGGACGAGCCGGGAUCGCCGUUUGGCUGUGAUUGGCGCUAUUUGCAGCUGUUGCGGCAGAAACUGAAACAAGUGCCGCCAGUCGAGGACUAUACGGGGACGGAAUUCACGAUCACACAGGAGAGAGUAAUAAAGAACAAACAGGAUGUGUUUGAGGCAAUUGAAGACCAGAAAGAGAAAGAUAGGCUGAUUACCGCGCUGGGAAAGCCAGUUUUCACACAGCUGCCCAUCAAGCUGGUCGGGCUGUCGGAGCAGCCUGACACCGCGUCGUCCCAGCUGUCUGUGGUAGCAGUCAAGUUUAGCAUGGUUAACAGGGGCCAUCCUGCGGACAAUGCUCGGAUCUAUGCCAUUCCGGAAGAGAGCUAUUUGCGUUGGCUAGAGGAAGCGGGCAAAAGGACGAUAUUGGGCAAGACAGUGCCUGUUGGUCUGGAGUGUCCUGGGAAAGAAUACCUUAUUGGCUACGCGACGAGCGCUACGUUUAAUCUUGCUGCUGGAAAGGGCACGGGAGUGGGGCUUAUAGAUGCCGAGGUCGCUUACGACCUUCAUGCCAAAAACAGACGCACAUUUGUCGUCCGAAACGUGGCCAGCACUGCUUGCUACCUUGCGGAAUGGACUCUUGUGGCUGUGUAA